AUGGGACUGGGGCAUUUCAAGAAACAAUGUUCUCAAAUCAAAAAUACAUGUCGUACGUGUGGUGAUUUAGUGGAUGAUUUAAAAUUACAUAUCUGCUCAAAAAUUGAAAAAUGUAUCCAUUGUGGUCUUAAUCACAAAUCUAAUUCUCUUAAAUGUCAUGUGGUGAAAUCUUUUAGAUCUGAAUUAACAAGUAAACUUUUAUCUUCUAAUAAUCAUUCUUCACAUGUUUCACAAAAUGGAAAGAUUGAUUUAAAUAAAAAUGUCAAUGUUGUUUAUAAUAAUUCACAUUUUCCUGGUUUCCCAGUAGCUCAAAACUCCUCAUCUAAUCAUAUGUUAAAUAAACUUGAUAAUUUACUUGCUCAAAUGGCUGAAGUUAAUGUUCCUUUAUCUAAUCUUAAAGUUAAAUAUGAUAAAAUUGAACAAAUUACUUUAGCAAAAAAUGAUAGUGAUUUUCUUAUCAAAGAAAAUUUAAAUUUAUUGACAAAACAAUCGAUGAAUUAA